AUGUUGGUGGGUACGAAUCUGUGCGCGCCCAUCAUGUUUCCGAGUUUCGUGCAAAGCCCGCUGGUGAAGACGGUCAGUCCUACACACGAGCCGGUGCGGAUGGUGACUUCUAUGCCCUCGACUCCGGUCCACGGACCUGGGGAUAGGAGCGCCUCCCCCCUCACCCCCGCGGAGCGUACGGGCGCUCCCCCGGGCGCGGGAAGGGACGCCGUGAAGCUGUUCAUUGGCCAGAUACCUCGGCACCUUGAGGAGAAGGAUCUGCGCCCGAUGUUUGAGGAAUUCGGCAAGAUCUACGAAUUGACUGUGUUGAAAGACAAACACACUGGCAUGCAUAAGGCGAGAAGCCCCGAUUGUUUGCCAGAGCGGGUCGAGAACUGA